CGUAUAGCUAAAAAAAUAAUCAUUAAAAUGAUUUGUGUAAGAAAAGAAGAAACCAACAAAAACUUAAAACAAAAGAUCAGUGAAAAAGGAAAAAACAAAAUAGCUAAUUGAAGUCUUUCCCCUAAUUCUGAUGUGUUUAUAAAACUUUAAUCGUAACAAAGCAUCAUGCAACUUUCUUUUUCUUUAAUUAUCUACCUUAUAUAGUCCUUAUAAAAUUUAUAAGACUCCACCAAACAUAGUAUUACCCGUUGGUGCCUAAUACAUAUGUAUGCACGUGAUAACCAAUUUUGGUUAACCAAAAAUUCUCUCUCUUGUGCUUGUAUAUAAAUAUAUCCACACAUACAUGCAUACACUAAUGGUGAAAAUCUCUUCCUCAUCAUCUUCUCUCACACAAUCUCCCUCUCUCUAAAAAUGGUGAAAGGGUCCCAGAAAAUCGUGGCCGUAGAUCAAGACAUACCAAUAAUAGAUAUGUCGCAGGAGAGAUCACAAGUGUCGAUGCAGAUAGUCAAAGCCUGUGAGACUCUCGGCUUCUUCAAAGUGAUCAACCAUGGCGUUGACCAAACCACCAUCUCAAGGAUGGAGCAAGAGUCUAUAAACUUCUUUGCUAAACCGGCUCACGAGAAGAAAUCAGUCCGACCGGUUAACCAGCCUUUCCGGUAUGGGUUUAGAGACAUUGGCCUCAACGGUGACUCUGGUGAGGUCGAGUAUUUGCUGUUUCACACUAACGACCCUGCCUUUCGUUCUCAGCUCUCCUUCAGCUCGACAGUGAAUUGUUACAUAGAAGCAGUUAAGCAGUUGGCUCGUGAGAUCUUAGAUCUGACGGCUGAGGGACUUCAUGUCCCACCUCACAGUUUCAGUAGGUUAAUCAGCUCCGUCGAUAGUGACUCCGUUCUGAGAGUGAAUCAUUAUCCACCGUCCGAUCAAUUCUUUGGUGGAGCCAAUCUUUCUGACAAAUCUGUGUCACUGACAAGAGUUGGCUUCGGAGAACACACCGACCCUCAGAUCUUAACAGUUCUUAGAUCUAACGGUGUAGGAGGACUCCAAGUGUCAAAUUCAGAUGGCAUGUGGGUUUCUGUCUCCCCUGACCCUUCAGCUUUCUGCGUCAAUGUAGGAGACUUGUUACAGGUGAUGACGAACGGGAGAUUUAUAAGUGUAAGGCAUAGAGCAUUGACCUACGGAGAAGAAAGUCGGCUCUCGACGGCGUACUUCGCUGGACCACCGCUUCAAGCGAAGAUUGGGCCUCUUUCGGCCAUGGUCACGAUGAUGAAUCAGCCACGGUUAUACCAAACAUUUACAUGGGGCGAGUACAAGAAACUUGCGUACUCGCUACGACUCGAGGAUAGCCGUUUAGACAUGUUUCGUACAUGUAAGGACUAGGAUUGAUGUUGGUGACAGAGCUUUUUAGUAAUAUCUAUGUAGUGUUUUUGUCUAACUAUGUUCAAAGUUUAGGCUAAAAGUAGACAUGUUAGAUCGGUGUAACUAGAACUCGGAGAUGAAAGUUUUGGAAUGUGUUACGUUAACUUUGUGGAGGUGAAAUGUGGUUUUUCACCCCAUUAUAUUAA